CCUCUAAGUCAACCCUCCACCGGGUCCCAUCCCUUGGACCUUCAAGGUUUCAAUCCCUUGGAAACUACAGUACCAUUCCCGAGUUGUUUGUCCCCCUUUUACAUACUUUUUCUUCUGGUAAUCCCUAUUUAUAAAUCUCGAGUGAGGCCCUCUACCUCUCUCAUCUUCUUGAUCAACUGUCCAGGCAAGAAGAAAAAAAAAACCGACCUUGACUUAUAUGCUCAUCCCUGCCACGUCUACUCGCAUUUGACCACUCAGUCGUUGCUCAAGUGACCCCAAACACCAUAAAGUUGACUUGUUGACUCGAUACCUUCGUUGCUACUUUGAUCUGCCCGUCUCUGCUCUUUAUCUUCUGCAUAUAACUUAUCUACCUUAUCUUGCCUUGACUUAUCUGCGGUUUCACAACCACCCAACUCCAACUCCCAUCACAUACCACGAUAAAGAAAGCACAACAUGACUGCUCGAGUCGCACCCGGCUCUUCAUCCUACACUGAACCGCCAGCUAUCGUUUCUCCAAAUGCCGAUCACGAUGUCCUACGAGGCCGUAAGAGAGAACGAAGCAUGACCCGAGGAAGCGUCCGCCCAUUCCGAGCUGCUCCAGCAGACGAGUCCAGCAACUUACGAGGCCGCUCUCGUCGUCGUGCUGCUUCUCCAGCUCUGAGCUGCACAUCCCGACCAUCCUCACCCAGAAGAGUGCCAUCUCCCACAAGACGUCGACUUCUCCAUGCUCGCCUCCGUCGAGAGCAUUGCCCUUCCCGUGUUGCAUCUCCUGUCGAGCAGCAACUCCAACAGCAUAGACCAGUUCGACGAAGGCAGCGAACUCGGAGCCAGAGCCGGGGUCCUCGGUUGGAGAUGGAGCUUUCAGCUCUGCAUUCCACUGAUGGUUUUUCAGGACUACGGAACGAGGUCCGAGCCUCUUCUUCUGACACAACAGACGAGGCAAAGUCCAACACAUAAAAGUGAUAGUGCUUGUCUAUUUUAUCAUUUGCUUUCAAAUGCUGUUGUCUUGUUAUCCUUAGGUGGAUGUAUGAAGACAAAAAAACGGAAACCAGACCGAUACCCAUAUUCUUAAUUCUUUAUGUACGAUGACCGGAUGCUGCACUGCCUUUGGUUUCUUUUUCUGGGUUCUAUUGCGCUGAGAGCUGGUUAUCUCGGAGUUACCAGAUUGUGUCAUGAUAUUGGUCUCAUUUGGUGUUUUCAUAUUAUUGGGAAAUUGGAUCUCUUCGAAAUCGCCGUAUACAUGGAUAAGAUGGCGGCGCUAUCAGAUUUUGUAUGAUGCCUUUAUUUGUAUGAGAGAGCAAAAAGAUAUCCAGGAUCGACAUCCACCAGAAUAAAUUGAUGAAUAUUGAAACAAAC